UUACCUGUCCUCGAUCCUCGUUUGAUCUGAAUACUCUAAUUUUUGCUUUAUUUAUCUUACCUUGAAUCGUUAAUAUCGAAGUUUCUAAGGUUUUGUUUGGUGAAAUUAGUCAUGGGUCUGUUAAAAUAUUUGCUCUUUUUUGGAAAAUUUAUGGGUUUUGUUUCUGCCAAGAAAUUUCAGUCAACUGCUCGCUGAUUGUUUCAUCAGUGAAUUAGUAGCCAAUUCAGGGAAGAGGGCAGAUUAUGGAUGAUAAUACAGCAAAGCUCGGAACUUUGGUUUCUGAUGGUGGACUAGUGAACGUGUACAUAUGGGACAUGGACGAGACUCUAAUCUUACUAAGAUCUCUGUUAAAUGGGACUUAUGCUGAGUCUUUUAAUGGCUCUAAAGAUGUUAAAAGAGGUUUAGAGAUUGGGAAGAAGUGGGAGGAUCACAUACUUCAGAUCUGUGACGAUUUUUUCUUCUACGAGCAAGUUGAGGAAUGCAAUGAGCCAUUUCUUGAUUCUUUGAGACAGUACGAUGACGGAAAGGAUCUUUCUGGGUAUGAUUUCAAACAAGAUGACUUUACUACUCCUACUGAUGACUUGAACAAGAGGAGACUUGCGUACAGGCAUCGAGCUGCUGCGCACAAAUAUGAAAAGGGUUUGCGUCCUUUGAUUGACAGUGAGACAAUGAGUGUAUUGGAUGAGUUGUAUAACGUAACUGAUGAAUACACAGAUGGGUGGCUUUCCUCGGCAAGGGCUUUCUUGGAGCAGUGUUCAUGUGUGCAAGAAGAGUCUGUUGAUGGAACAGGUGCAAUAGAUGAAAAUCAAAGCUCUCAGGAUGUACACAUUCUAGUGACUUCCGGGGCCCUCAUACCAAGCCUCGUGAAGUGCCUACUUUUCCGGCUAGAUACAUUCCUAAGACAUGAAAAUGUGUACAGUUCGAUAGAUGUGGGGAAGCUCCAAUGUUUCAAAUGGAUCAAGGAACGUUUCAACCACCCAAAAUUCAGAUUCUGUGCGAUCGGGGAUGGAUGGGAAGAGUGUGCAGCCGCACAGGCAAUGCAAUGGCCAUUCGUUAAGAUUGAUUUGCAACCAGAUAGCUCCCACAGAUUCCCUGGCAUAACACCUAAGACUGUGAGCUACUACUUUGCUGCUGUAUAUGGGAACUCUGAUGCUGAUACCAGCAAAUAGUAACUCUCAAAAACCUUUUUCUUUGUAAAAUAUGCAAGUAACCCAAUUGUUUAUACAUUAUUAGAGUAAGUUAAGUAUUUGGUAUUUAUAACUAAUCAGUUCCCUUGGCUUGUUCAAAUGUGUAAUCAUCUCUUUCCAAUGACAUAAGAUCAAUAUCAGCUAUUCAAAUA